AUGGCAUCGACCUCAUUCUACGGAAAUAACUCUGGUCUCCAGAUUGGAGUUCACACCGGUCCGAUCAAUCUGCCACCAGAGCAACCAGAAACUCCUACCAACCCAUUAUCGACUGUCCCCUUCCCGCGCGACGAGGAGUUUGUCAGCCGUGACGUACUCCUUCGUAAGAUUCACGAGAAAGGCUUAGUCCCGGGGUCGAGGAUAGCACUUGUUGGCCUCGGUGGCGUUGGAAAAUCACAACUUGCCAUCGAAUACUCUCACCAGAUCCGAGCCCAAUCUCCGACAACAUGGGUUUUCUGGGUGCACGGGAGUAACGAAGCCCGGUUCGAGCAAAGUUUCCGGGACAUCGCAGACCAGGUCAAAAUUCCGGGUCGUCAGGAUCCCCAAAUGAAUAUCUUCAAACUCGUCGAAAACUGGUUUCAGGAUCAGAAGAUAGGAAAAUGGGUCUGCAUCCUUGAUAAUGUCGAUGAUGACCAGCUUCUUUCGAUGAGAAACUCAACGAAUGCCUCGAACAAACCGCUUCUAGGAUAUAUUCCUAGAAGCCGAAAUGGAUAUGUCAUCAUCACGAGUCGGUCUAGAGAGGUGGCCUUGAAGUUAGUCGAUCACAAGGGCAUUAUUGAGGUUAACCCCAUGGAAAGUUCCGAGGCACUGGAGCUCCUCCAAAUAAAGCUUGGCCAACCAGGGGAAAUCCAGCAAAGCGAAAUCCAAGAAAGUGAACAGUUGGUAGACACGUUAGAAUUCAUGCCGCUAGCGAUCGUACAAGCCGCCAGCUAUAUUCGAAAUCGAGCGCCUCGCUAUUCUGUGUCACAAUACCUGACAGAUUUCCGAAAGAGUGACCGGGAAGCGACAAAACUCUUGAAAAAAGAGGCAGGUCACGUCUACCGGGAUUGGGAAGCAAAGAAUUCAAUUUUAGUGACUUGGCAAAUCUCAUUCGAUUAUAUUCGCCAAACAAAGCCAUCGGCAGCAGAUCUACUUUCUCUUAUGAGCUUUUUUGAUCGCCAAGGAAUACCUGAGAAGCUUGUCCGGCCCCGACCUCAGACCAACUACGGAUCAAGGUCAACCUUGGAGCCUCUAAGUGACUCUAGUGACGGGGAGACAUCUGAAUCUGAUACUGGCCCUGAUUUUGAAGACGACGUCAUAACACUGAGGGAUUAUUCAUUUAUAUCUAUUUGUGAGAAUAGCACUUUUACGAUACAUCGGCUGGUUCAACUGACUACGCGCGCGUGGUUGAAAUCCCAUGGAGAAAUAGAUCAAUGGAAGAAUCAGUCUAUUAGCACCCUUUUCGACGAGUUUCCUGAUACCGGGGAAUACGAAAAUUGGGAGAGAGGUGCAUGGUAUGCGUGGCUAAGCGGUAAUAUCUCGGAUAUUGGAGAAAUGGCAUCAUUAUCAAGAGACCAAAGAAUCAUUUUAUUGGGCGAUGAACACGAAGAAGUUAUUAAUAGCACACUUAUGUUGGCAUCGUCAUUCGUGCUUGAGGGUCGGUGGGAAGCGGCGGAGCAGCUCCAAUUACAGGCGAUACAGAUAUGCAAGACGAAGCUCGGCGAGGAUCAUCCCACUACAUUGACGAGUAUGGCGAACCUAGCGGUGACAUUUUCCGACCAGGGCCGGUGGAAGGAGGCCGAGGACCUCUAG